GGAAGCGAUCAUUUGAGGAAAUAUCCCGGUAGUGAAUUUACAACCGAGAGUUAAGACGGACCUUGUCGUGACAUUUGGAUAUCCUAGGAAACUUGUGCAGCUAUAACAGACCUAAUUAAGGUUUGCCAGGAUGGUGGUGCUUUCCAAGGAAUACGGAUAUGUGGUGCUGACCGGUGUCGCCAGCAUGAUCAUGGUCGGACAUCUGGCCGUGAGAGUCGGCAAAGCCCGGAAGAAGUACAACGUUCGGUAUCCUCAGAUGUACAGCGAUGACCCGGAAACCGGAAACAUUUUCAACUGCAUCCAGCGUGCACACCAGAACACCCUGGAGUUCUACCCUGCCUUUCUUUUCUGCCUGGCUGUCGGUGGACUGCACCAUCCUCGUCUAUCGAGUGGACUCGGAGUAGUGUGGAUCCUCGGCAGAGAGGCGUACGCACAUGGGUACUCAACAGGAGAUCCUAAGAAAAGAAUGAGGGGAGCGUUCGGGUCAUGGGCGUUGAUCGGGAUGAUGCUGACCACCCUCCGCUUCGGCUGCCACCUGGUGGGCUGGACUGGACCGCCGUUUGGACGUUUCCGUAGCAUAAACUGUCAUUAAGGACGAAGACCUCAGGCCGGGUUCACUCAAUCAUUAUUCUAAUCAUAACCACUGUACAUCGUGCAAAACGUUGCAACACGUGUGCUAAUCUCUGGCCAGUGUAACAGUUAAAGUCAAAGCCAAGUUCAUGUUGUGAAGUGAUCCGACUGGUUCUGCAGAAGAGAAACAGCCCAGUUUAGAUACUGGCUGUAUGGCAGGGUGGCACUCCCAUCACAUACAGGAGCUGUCGGUUUGUCUUUCAUCAUUUCUAACUCCAUCCUGAUUUAGAACUUGUAAUCAACAGGCCACGCGACUCCUAAUAUCAAGUGUUUUCUUGCAAUAAAAAAAAGGGGAUCAUGCUGUAUUACAAAAGCCAGUUCCAGAGGAGAAACUAACCCUCAAAGUUUGAUGCACUUGGUGUUAAAAUAUCACCCUAAUUUUUGCUGAAAGAGACAUAUUUUGUAUGUUAGUGAAUAACUAAAAAUGGUUCAAUGUAUUGCUUUUGUCAAUUAAAAGAAAAUCAUAAUUCCAA